AUGGCAACGAGAAACCGGACGGCACUGUACAAAAAGAAAAGAGAUGCAUUAAAGAGCGUGCGUGCUCCACUCUCUUCAUCGGCGUCCGGUUCGACCGGUCCCGUUAUUGAAAUGGUGAGUGGUUCGUUUCUUCGCUCCAAUCGCUCUUCUUAUACUCCUCUCAGCACUGAAGAUCCUAGCCCUUCUAGUAGGGAUGCAUUUACAGUAGGUCUACCACCAGCAUGGGUGGAUGACUCUGAAGAAAUAGCGGUGAAUAUACAACGUGCUCGGCUUAAGAUGGCAGAAUUAACCAAGGCUCAUGCCAAGGCUUUAAUGCCAUCCUUUGGAGAUGGCAAAGAAGAUCAAUGUACAAUCGAAGUUCUUACACAUGAGAUUACAGAUCUAUUAAGGAGGUCAGAGAAGAGAUUACAGAAACUUCCUGUGACUGGCUCUUCAGAGGACUCAAAUAUUAGAAAAAAUGUACAGCGUUCUCUUGCAACAGAUCUUCAGAACCUUUCAAUGGACCUCCGGAGAAAACAAUCAACAUAUUUGAAACGCUUGCAGCAGCAAAAAGAGGGACAUGAUGGUGUUGACUUGGAGAUGAACUUUAAUGAGAAAAAAUCUAGAUUGGAAGAUGAUGGAUUUAGUGAUGUGGGUUUUGAUGAGCAUCAGAUGAUGAAGUUAAAAAGGAGUGAGCGAUUCAGUGAGGAAAGAGAGAGAGAGAUCAAACAGGUUGUGGAAUCUGUAAAUGAGCUUGCUCAAUUCAUGAAAGACCUAUCAGUUAUUGUGAUAGACCAGGGUACAAUUGUUGAUAGGAUAGAUCACAACAUUCAGAAUGUUGCUACCUCGGUUGAGGAGGGCUAUAAACAGCUGCAGAAGGCAGAGAGAACACAAAAGAAGGGAGGAAUGGUCAUGUGUGCAACAGUGCUUGUUAUCAUGUGCCUCAUCAUGCUAGUCCUCUUGAUCCUCAAAGAGUUAUUCUUGUAAAUCAUGAUCGUAUUACUGUUUGUUA